GCACCGCUGCCAACAGUCGUGAAAUGCCAAAACCGUAGAAAAAUACACGGGUCGUGGUGGCGUCCGAAUUUCCGGGUCGUUUUGCGUAUUAAAUCAAAAGGCCGGCAUGGGCAACCAGCACGGGCUCCAGUCUAUCAAAUCGGGCUCUUCGACACCGAACUCGGUAGCUUCGUCGAACAACGGCUCGAGGAAGAGCAUCUCGCGGACGGCCUCGGGCGACGACAUCGAAGAUUCGACGGAGAACCAGUUCUUGAUGCCAGUCGAAAGGCUCGCCAAGGUCUUGUCGAAAAAGUCUCAAGCCGAAGAGAACGUCUCAAACGCGGUCACGAAGAGCGUGUUUUACCACUACCUAUUUCCGAGGUAUCCGUUGCUGGCCGAGAAACUCUACGAUUAUUUUGUCCAAAAUAGCAAGGCAAAAUCUAGCCCGCUCAGCACUAACGAGUUCAAGCAGCAAUGCGACAAGUAUUUGACUCUUUUAGACGACCAAGCGAUCAGGGACACUUUCGUAUGCAUGUGGUCUACCUUGGAUGAAGAAAAAAACAAUCUCUUAAUAACCACAGAGUCUUUUCGCUCCCUACUUAUGUGCGCGUACCAUAUAAGCAUGGAUCAUUAUUCGGACGGGCCGCAAAUGUGCUUCUCUAUCAACAAAACCUUGAAAGCCGUAGUCGACGGAUGCUUUUAUCAGAAAACCAGCCUAUCCCACCAGUUCGUCAGCCACUGGCUGGAACACAACACUCCGAGACUGCUGUUGCCCUUACACAGGUUCGCGGUCCAUGCGAUAGCUACAUCAUGGCGAACCUUGGAACAAAAUGAGCCCCCCACAUCUGCCGGCAGCAUGUUGGACGAAAUGCUAUUGCCUACAGGUUUGGAACUGGCCACGCCCGUGUUGGAACAAGUCGCGGGGCCGUUUGGCCAAGGCAAACCGCUUCACCCGCACCUGCUCACGAUGAGCAUGUCUUGGCUAUUGGCCGGCGCCCUGCCCCCGAUGUAUUCGCGGCCCCAGAAAGCUCACUCGCCGAGCAGUAGCGGCACGGGCUUGUCUAGCAAAUCGUUUCUGUCGAAGAUAGCGUGCGCCAUCCCGUCCCACUGGACGCUACUGUACGAUUCGGACGAGCAGGGUCUGGGCGCCAAUCGGUUCUUGCAUCACGUGCUCAACUACAAGGGCCCCACGCUGGUCAUAUUCCGCGUGGAAAACAACCAGAAGUUUUGUGUAGCCGCGCCUUGCGAGUGGAAAGAGUCACACCACUAUUGGGGCGGGGAAGACGCCGCCAUUUUUCAACUGCUGCCCAAGUUUCAGUUGUUGGAAAAGGGCUCGAAAAUAUUGUACCUUAACACGACGGUGAGGGGUUACCCCCAAGGGCUUAGGGCCGGGUCCGAUCCGAGAGCCCCCAAAAUUAUAGUCGACGCCGGUUUUGAAAAAAUCGAGUGGCAGAAAAUUCCAUUUUAUAUUGAAACAAUCGAAGUGUGGGGUUGCGGAGACAACGUGCAACGCGAGAAACAGUUGGAGGUGAAAAAGUGGGAGGUGAAGGAGGCGGAAAAGCAAAGAGCGGUCAAAUUGAGCGCUGCCGAUUGGCUGGACCAUCCCGAUAGGUAUCUGUUGGAGCUCGCCGGACGACCUCAGUAUCAUCAGAAUCAGACCUAGCCCGAGGUUUAGACUCUAAUGCCAUGUACACGAGUCCGAAAUUACUUAAUUUAUUGAUAUUACAUAUUAAAAUAGCAAACAUAUGCUUAAUAUCAAGUAAACAUUAGGGUUUUACGUUACUUAACGAGAUAGCGCUGUGACUUAAGAAUUUUUACUGAAAGCGACAGCAUUUAUGACGUUUUCAAUAUACGCCGAGACUUUGGAAAAGGGAAAACGAUUUUGGUUGGUUGGGAAAAUAAUGAUGCUCUGCAUUACAAUUAAAUGAAAAUUUGGAUAAUACUUAAAUUUACAGAAUGUAAGAACCAAACUUAGGGAUAAGUGAAUGUUGAAAUAUUUCUAUUUUCUCUAUCUCUCUGCCUUCUGUCUAAACAUGAUUGUGUUAAAAUUAUUAUCAGACAAUUAUGACGCACAGGACUCAAAAUUUUGUCGCUCAAAAAAUAUAGCACCCUUUUUCUUUGUUGUAGUUCUCUGAUUUGAAACAGACCUUCAAUUUUUGAAUCUACCAAAAAGAUCGUUUAUUAUUUGAAUUAGGACCAAGUGCUUUACGAAUUUUUUUUUUUUCGUCUUUCGGUACAUGUGAACUAUGAAUUUUUUACAGUUUAGUGAUUUUGCGGGAGGGGGAUCGCUCAAAAUGUGCCAAAGUUUAAAUUUGAACUGAUUUAAGUUUUUUUUUUCUAAGUUACAAGAGGCCUUGCAAUUCUGUGCCUUGGAUAAAAAUGCAGACACCACUUUAUUUGCCACUCUCUAGUCUUUAAAUCGUGUUCGUAAAAGCUUGUCAUAACUGAAAAUAAACCACACUGUAGCAAUUA